GUCAAAAUUAUCAGUACAAAAUAUUUUUUAAUAAUUAAAAAUAGAAAAAAAAAGUCAGUUCGAUUGACAAGAUUAGACUUGCAUCAUCAAUAGCAUCGACAUUGGGGAAUGGACGAGUUUAAUGAUCUGGAGCAAUCGUUGCGUUGGUAUCGCAACUUAUCAGACUUACAGAUCGGGGCAUGCAACGACUUGUUGCACGCACUGCGCGACGAUAUUUGUGAGGAGACAGCGUAUCGGGUGCACGACUGCCUUGAUAUGUUGGGCCUGCACCCGUUGCCCAGCUCGAAGCAGUUGAAGACUAUAAUUGAAAUAAGCCAAGGCAACGACUUGGCCUUUCUCUGGUUUCUGUGGGAGGCGUACUACAAGGAUCAGAACAGCUCCAAGCCUAUAGGGCGGGCAUACAAUUCCAACGAGCAGUUCAUAUUGACGGGCAUUGCCCAUCUGGACAUGGCGAUGACUAAGCGAGGUCUGGAUAAGGUGUUGCCAUUGCCGGAGAAUGGAAAGAGGUUUCAGCAACACUUGCAGCAAAAGCUGCCCAAGCAGGAGCAGAAGCAGCAGCGACAGCGGCAGUAUCGGCCCAAAGAGCCAGCCAAUAAAUUGCCAUAUUUUAUACCGCAGGUGCGACCCAAGAGCGUCAUACCCCCAGCUCGUAUCUCGAAGCUCGAUGAGCGGAAAUGCAGCUUCAAGGACAAGGAUAUACCCAACGAGAGCUCCCGUUGGUUUGCCACAUACGAACUAUCGCCCAUGAAGCGUGAGGUAAAGAAAUGCCUGACGGAUGCAAUCGCUCAGAUCUUUGUCCGCGAGCACAGAUCAACGGACAAAUCGCUCUGCGGCAUGCAUCGCAUGAUGGAGCGUAACAUGAUCAACACAAAGCACGAAUUGACCACGGAUACGUUGCAGCGUUGCAUGCAACUGUUGGACAUAGGGAGCCUUGGGAAGUGUCAGCAGAGCGCGGGCAUCGUGCGCCAAUUGGAGCGUGAGGUGUUGCAGGCGGCAAAGAAAUGGGAAGCGCACCGAAUGCACCAUCUCAUGGAGAUGCGAAGCAAAUACAUCCGCAACUCGCAUCCGUGCAAGGAACACUGUCAAAUGUGCGUGAAGCUGGUCUCGAUGCCUGACAUGGUCUCACAGCAGGAUGCCAAAGAUGGCCACAUUGUUCUACCCCUGCUAGUGACAACGGACUCGCAGACAAAUCCUAUAUUAGGUCAUCCCAUGCCCUAUCAAGAUGAUCUGCAGAGCGUACAUGUUAUGCAAUUGGGAAGGGUGGUGGAUCACAAGACCAUUAGUCUGCUACCGGAUCCCAGCCUACGCUGUCCCGGGCCAGCGAAAAAAACUAAUGUGAAACCAGUUAAAGUAAAAACUCAUGUGAAUAAACCAUUGUCAAAGAGCAGCGAGAAACCAGUUAAAGUAAAAAAAACUAUUUUGAAUAAACCAUUGCCAAAGAGCAGCGAGGAAGAGAAACCAGUUGAAGUAAUUAAGGAUCCUCCGUCUGAUGUGCCGUCAACGGGAUCAUUAAGCACGGAGGCGGAUAAUCAGUGCUUUCGACGUUUCAUACCUAACGGUAUGCUGGCUUGGAACUUCUUUCGGAUCUACGGAGCUCCGGAACAACAUUCCGAGCCGGAUCUUAUGUACGCCGACCCACAGCCCAUAAUACGCAGCUACUGCGUUGCGGCACUGCAGAAGGCAAUGGAAGCCGGCAAGAAGAAGCAGACUUCAAAGAAGCACAUGGAGCGCAUCCAAUGGCAACAGCGACACGUCUCGGACGUGGCCCUAGAAACAGCUGACACAUCUGUCAGGCAGACGUUUCGCGCUGGCCAGCAAAACGCCUUGGUGGAGGCUGCAGAGCCCGACAAUAGCCAGUCGCCGAAACGCUUGCAGGUGAACAAUAUAGAUCCGGAGAAUAGGCAAAUGCUGUGCGACCUGCUAAAUAGCGCCAUGGACAUACUGAGGAAAGACGCACGCUAUGUGCUCGUGACAUUGCCCAAUGCGCACAAGAUGCCGCCGCUGUUGGAGUGGGUGGCACAGCGCUACGGCAGGACCUUUAGGGAUCACCGUGCCGCGGAUACUCUAGUGAAGACGCACAAAGUGCUCAAGAUGUUGAGAUUGAAUACGAGUCUUGCGCACUUUCCCGAACCAAAAUAUAAUGAUUUUCAGUGGCCACCAGAAGCCACGUGUUCUGCCGAAACGAUCCUCAGCCGCUUCAGGCAAAUGCGCAACGAAUACUAUAGCCGCCUGAAUGAGAUGGAUCUGCAGGACUCGCGCCUCAUCUGGCUCGCCUUGCGCAGCUACUCCCGCUGGUCGAACCUAAGCAAGAAGACCUUCUUCGCCUACAUGCCGUCCAAGAAGAAGGACUUCAACCGCCAAAAUCUUUGUUUGUCGUGCGACUAUCGACAAGUCGUUUCAUUGCGCAAAGGUGUCGUUCAUAAGUAAAUUUACUUUUUGCAGGCACUGUCUACGUUGCAGUGUUGCACAAAUUGUGGCCGGAUGCACAUUCCCCCGCAAUAUGUGCGACAUUGCAGCCCGAUGGGCAUCUGUUUUAAAGUAUUUUUCUUGUAAUAUCAAUAUAAUG